CUCCAGCCGGACUGAUUUUUUUUCGGCUCCCAGGAAGUGGGAGGUUAAUAACCCCCACUUGCCGGAAGUGCUUUUUCCAGAGAGCCUGGCCAAUCUUGCAGCUCAGCUUUCCACCUCCCCGCGCGACGCUGGCAACAGCAUGCUUCUGAUUAAGACCCUCCAGUUAGCUGUAAAAAUACAUUAAUCAGAACUGCCUGGCAUCUUCCUAAGCAAGACUCUUAAUGAGGCCCAAUAUGCUUCGCUUCAUCCAGAAGUUUUCUCGAGCAUCUUCAAAGAUGCUGAAGUACCCUUCCACAGUCGGACUAGGAGCCAGUGGGAGAAUAGAAACACUUUGUUUCAAGACGAGUCUCCAGCAGAACUUUCCCCAUUUGUUUCCAAGGCCUUGGCUUUUCCCUUCAUUUCCAGUGUGUAGGAGCAAGACACAAUAUUAUCAUACUUCCCCAUGCAGCUUUAAGAAGCGAGAGCAAGCAGUCCUUCCAGCCAGGCCACCACGCACCAUCAGUUACCUGCCCGACAGCCCAAAGCCAGCAUUGUACAUAACUCUGGCAGGACUGGUCCCCUUCAUUGCCCCACCGCUGGUCAUGGUGAUUACAGAGACAUACCUCCCUAUAUUAGCUUUUACUCAGGUGGCUUACGGAGCCAGUGUCCUAUCUUUCUUAGGAGGGGUCAGAUGGGGUUUUGCUCUGCCAGAAGGUAGUCCAGCCAAACCAGACUUCCUCAAUCUAGCGAAUAGUACAGCUCCUGUUAUAUUUUCAUGGUUUGCAUUCUUUAUUUCUGAAAGACUCAGUGAAGCUAUAGUCACAGUAAUAAUAGGUUUGGGGAUAGCAUUACAUGUUGAAGUUUUUCUCUUGCCACAUUAUCCCAAUUGGUUCAAAGCCCUAAGGAUAGUAGUCACUUUAGUGGCCUUUUUGUCAUUUGUAAUCACUUUACUAGUUAAAGGUAUUUAUCCAGAGAAAGGACCCAAGAGACCUGGGCAAGUGGAAUAGAUAAUACAACUGCUCUGGAGAUGACGUCAGCAUGUUGGCUAGAAGCCUUGUGAGGCUGUGUUUUGGCACCACCUUCUUCUAGUUCUAACUUUUUCUUCCUAGCUAUGGUAAUUUAUUCUUUACAGGUUAAUUUUCAUUUCUAGAAAUGUUUGUUUUAUAAGAAUUUCUGAUAAAUAGCUUGAAAAUCCCUAAUAAGUCCUUUUCAUGUUAGGUUAUAGUUCUCAGUCUUUUUAUAAAUAACAUAGUCAUCACUUAAAAAUUUC